GGGAGAGAGUGAGGCCAAAGGAGCGGGGCCAUAUAAAGAGCAACAGAACACAAGCCAGGCUUUAUCCUGCUCGACUGUCCCGCUCACUUAGACCUCACAGGAAACUCCCGGCUCCCUCGGCCCUCACACGCUCGCUCAUUAUCACUUACCACACUUUUACUCUCACACAGUCCCACCAGCUGCGCUGAAGCUGACCAGAGAGGAUGGCUGCGUCCAUGUGGAGAAUGAAUGGGCUCUGCAGGAGGAUGGCUGGAGUUCUGCUGCUCUGCGCUCUAUUGCUCAGCAAUGAGGUGAUGUGUCAAGACGAUCCACCGACAGAUGCACCUGCUGCAGCUGGAGAUCACAGCACUGUAACAGCUGCUGCGGACUCUGGUGCAGCUCCAGGCCCCACCUCUGCCCCAGGUGCGGACGCUACUGCGAGUGCUGCUGCAGGUGGAGACUCUGCUGCUUCUGCUCCUCCUGAACAUAUUACAAUCUCAGUAUCCCUUUUAGACCUUCUAGUUGAUAAUAGCCAUGAUGCAGGCAGCUCAGUCACCACUGCUGCCCCCGUUGUCAUAGACGUCAAGGUCCCAGUUGUCACCCGCCUUGUUGUGCCUGAGGUGACGUGUGUUGGAGAGUCGGAAAUUCCAGAAGGUUCUUCUGUCAAGGCUGAGUUGGCAACACCUGAUUGUGAAGCAACUAAACGCAUUCUUCAGGACAACCCUGCAGCUUGGUGUUCCAAGGAUGAAUGUAAACUAAAAAUCUUCCAAAAGGACAAUGAGGUGCAGGUGGCCAGUGAUGACGCUAACCUGGCUACUUUGGCUGGAGCACUCGGCAGUGAACAUGUGAAAGAAAAGCUGGGAGCGACAAAGAUUCAGGGCCCGAAAUCAGAAUCAUCAUCAUCAGUAUUUGUUGGAAUACUGGUCACCGGUCUGCUCGCCGCUCUUGCCAUCGCCAUUGGUUACUUCAAAUGCCAACGCAGGCCUGACGCCAAGGGAGUGAGGCUGGCUGAGGAGACCUAUCCAGCAGAUCAGGAGAACCAGGGAAACACUCUUGUGUCCGUGGCCCCACUCAACCCCCCUCCGGAAACCCCGGAGAAGCCCAGCGCAAAUGGGGAGUCCCCUGAGGCAGACAAGACCCAGCCUCCUCCUCCCACCAACGGCACCUCCACCACCAAGACAGCAGACACCGAGCUGUGAAAUAGUCUACAAAUAAUUGCAGCCCAGAAACUACCCCCGCAAACACACCCAUCCACACACACAUAAACACACACACAUAUACACACAUGCCUAUGAAAACUCCCCCUUUCUGAAUCCACUCCUGCCCAACCAGAGAGUCCACAGCAAAGUGGACAUCAGGGACUAGAACAAUUUCCUACAUCAGCGCUCCUCUUGUUAAAGUCCCCUUGCCUCCCUCUUUGGCUUCGUGCCUCAACAAACAUCAGGAAAACUAGUCUGACGAUGACGAUGGUGGCGGUGAUGAAUGAUGCUGAUGACGACGAAGGCUCAGUCCCUGGGUUGUUGACGGCAGUCAGGCUGGAGACGGGAGAAGGGCAGUUCUGGGUGGGAAGAGAGUGUAUUUCAGCAUUAGUCAGCACUGGUUCCCAUGAUGACUGCAGCCUCUGGAGUCACAGCCCCGCGCUGGCAACACACAGCAGGGUCUCUGCAUGUCAUCAGGUUCAACGCUCCCACCAACCCUCCGCUAAUAAACACGACACAACAAAAUCGUUCCUUAGUUUAUUGUAAAGCCACGACAGACGGAGAGGAAAUAAAUCACACUGCCUUGAAAUCUGUUUACAAACUCAGAGAGAAAAUCCGUUGGGCUCUGAUCUUGUUUGUCUGAUUGAGUUACUGAUUGCUGCGCGAAUGUGUGUGCUGCUUUCCCGCCUGUGUGUGUUAACGUAUACUUGUAUCUGUACUGUGCAUGGACUGUGUGUAUAUCCAUACAUGCAUCUAAGCUUCCCUUGCUUACUGUAUGUAUACGUGGUUGAGGACAAGUAUUAGGCGUUUGAUCGAGUACGUGAGUGAAUGGUGCGUCUGAACGUGCAUGUGACAUUAGCCGUGAACAGUGUACAAUUUUUGUAAAAAAAACCCAAAAAAAACGAGUUGACAAAAGUGAUGGGUCACCAAGACCCCCAUGGUGAGGAGGAGGACGGAGUAUUGAAGUUCUAAUCGUGCCAUUUUCUUGAAGAGGUGUAGCCACGGGGAGUUCUCCAAUCUAUCACUGCGAACUGUAGUGAAGUCAGUCUCAGUGUCAACAGGCCUCUUUACUAGGGCUGCCCCCUGACAGUCGACCAAACGUUAGUCGACCAGAAAGGUCAUUAGUCGGCAAGAUUUCAUUGGUUGCUUAGUCGCAGAAAAAACAAACAAACGUAAAACUGCUGCUCCUGCUGUGCCUUGUCAAAAUAAAUCAAACCGUAAUUUGAAAGGACAGAAACAGGAAGUGGAAGUUGAUCAUGUUAGUGCAGGGCUACCCAGAGCUUUAUACCUGUCCCACGGACGAUAGGCCUACACGCUUAUAAACAGCUCCUGGAAGAAGAUCAGCUCUGCACUCAGGGUUUCAAGAUUUCCACACUCUCGCAUUUUCCAUGUGGUUAAAGAAGCGGCAUGUGUACGGUCCCUAAUUUCCAGGGCUGGUACCAGCGGUUAUUCCACAGGCUAGUUAAUAACAUGUCGGGCAGGAAAUCCAAAGUGUGGGAUCAUUUUGAGAAGGUGAAGGACGAACCCAAGGUGAUAUGUAAACUCAUCUUCACUGGUCGACUACAAACAUGACGUAUCAUCUGAAACAUGGAAGUAGCUACAUGCCCAUUAGCCCACAGGGUCAUUAACAGGCGGCUCGCUCAGUGUGUGACGUGCACUUGUAGAUAAAAUAUAGGCCUAUAUUAAUGAAGGUUCAUUAGUACGGUUUUGUAUUUCUCUGUAAUAAUACUUUUCUUUCUCACACCUUGAACUCAAACCAUUGUGUUGCCCUGCCCAAAAUAUAUAAGUUAAUAAUUAAAUUAAUAUCGUAAACAUGCGGCCGACUAGUCGACGAAUGGCCCUAAAUGAUGAUUAUUGGUCGACAAGGAAAUUCCUCAGUCGGGGGCAGCCCUACUCUUUACAGUGGCUUCAUAGUCGCUGCUGAAAAUGACAAGACUGACCGUCUAACCAACAGACUCAUUAAGGCUGCAGAGCCUCUUACUGUCACCUUCGCCCAUCCAUUUGUCAGUGUUACUCUCUUUUCAAUAUACUGUGUAUGCUCUUUUGUACUAUCAGUAUUAUAUUGUGCAGUGUGUAUAGUAUGGUGACUUUAUUGUCUUGUUUUUAUUUUGUGUACCAACAUUUGUUGUGUUCCUUGUAUGUGCCAAAGAAUUUAAUUUCAUAUCGUAUGUUGUACUAAAUAUUUACUUCUGUGGCACCUUUAUAAAAUUCUAUCCAGGUCGCAUAACACAAAGAAAUAAGUUCAAGGGCUAUGACUGUUUUAUACCUGAGAUCAAACACAAAGCAAACUGCAAUGUUUUGUUGUCAAACUUGAACAAAGAAAGAUAUUCUGACGUAUAAAUGGGAUGUCUCGCAUUGAUUUCUCCUUUAAAUCCAUCCUGUAUCUUUUCAUUGCUAACAUUCCAAUGUGACUUUCAUUUUACUAGCACCCUGUAGUUUAAAUUGGAUUAAACAUGAAAAAAUAAAAAGCGAAAGAUGAAUAACUUUUUAAC